CCCCUUCCCACGCCCGCACCCUCCUGCCUCCCCCCAACAUUCUCACACGCCAUGGAUGCCACUCUCGGCGCCUCCACUACCCAUGGCUACCUCCUCCUCCUCCCGGCCAACUCCACCACCUUCUUCUCCCCGCUCCUCGCUGCCCUCCUCGCCGUCACCUCGCUGCUCUGGCUCGUCCCGGGCGGCCCCGCGUGGGCGCUCUCCCGCUGCCGCCGGCCCCCGCCCGGCGCGCCGGGCGCGCUCGCCGCGCUCGCCGGCCCCGCCGCGCACCGCGCGCUCGCGGCCAUGUCGAGGUCCGUGCCUGGCGGCGCCGCCCUGGCGUCCUUCUCCGUCGGCCUCACGCGUUUCGUCGUGGCCAGCCGCCCCGACACGGCGCGGGAGCUCCUGUCCAGCGCCGCGUUCGCCGACCGCCCCGUGAAGGACGCGGCGCGGGGUUUGCUCUUCCACCGCGCCAUGGGGUUCGCGCCCUCCGGCGACUACUGGCGCGCGCUCCGCCGCGUCAGCGCCAACCACCUCUUCACCCCUCGCCGCGUCGCCGCCUCGGCCCCGCGACGCCUCGCCAUCGGCGAGCGCAUGCUAGACCGCCUGUCCGCCCUCGCCGGCGGCGAGAUCGGCAUGAGGCGCGUGCUCCACGCGGCGUCCCUGGACCACGUCAUGGACACCGUCUUCGGGACGCGCUACGACGGCGACAGCCAGGAGGGCGCCGAGCUCGAGGCCAUGGUGAAGGAAGGGUACGACCUCCUCGGGAUGUUCAACUGGGGAGACCACCUGCCGCUGCUCAAAUGGCUCGACCUGCAAGGCGUGAGGAGGAGGUGCAGGACGCUGGUGCAACGAGUCGACGUGUUCGUCCGAAGCAUCAUCGACGAGCACAGGCAGAGGAAGCGCCGCACCGGCGGCAAUGGCGGAGGCGAGGAGCUCCCCGGCGACUUCGUCGACGUGUUGCUCGGGUUGCAGGGGGAGGAGAAGAUGACGGAGUCCGACAUGGUCGCCGUUCUCUGGGAGAUGAUCUUUCGGGGGACGGACACGGUGGCGAUUCUGCUGGAAUGGAUCAUGGCGAGGAUGGUGCUGCACCCGGACAUCCAGGCGAAGGCGCAGGCGGAGCUCGACGCCGUCGUCGGCCGCGGGCGCGCCGUGUCGGACGGCGACGUCGCCGGCCUGCGCUACCUCCAGUGCGUCGUGAAGGAGGCGCUCCGCGUGCACCCGCCGGGCCCGCUCCUGUCGUGGGCGCGCCUCGCCGUGCGCGACGCGCACGUCGGCGGCCACGUGGUCCCCGCGGGCACCACGGCCAUGGUCAACAUGUGGGCCAUCGCGCACGACCCGGAGCUCUGGCCGGAGCCCGACGAGUUCCGGCCGGAGCGGUUCGCGGAGGAGGACGUCAGCGUGCUCGGCGGCGACCUCCGCCUCGCGCCGUUCGGCGCGGGGCGGCGCGCCUGCCCGGGCAAGACGCUCGCGCUCGCCACCGUCCACCUCUGGCUCGCGCAGCUGCUGCACCGCUUCGAGUGGGCACCGGUCGGCGGCGGCGUCCACUUGUUGGAGCGCCUGAACAUGUCGCUGGAGAUGGAGAAGCCUCUCGUGUGCAAGGCUAAACCUAGGUGGUGAUGAUCAAGGAGUAUGGGGCUGUUUGGUUGGUUGCUGCCCUGAGUAACAUAACAUGCCUGAAAUUUCUGUGCGCCUGAGUGGCAUGUGAGAAGACCAAUGCAUCUAACCUGGUCAGGCAGCUUGAGUAUAUGCUUGUUUGGUUGGUUGUUGCUGCCUGAGAAACAAAUAUGCAAUUACGCCUUUAAUCAUUACACAGCUAAAUCAAGUAUUAAUGGGCCGUUACAAAUCUUGCCACAAAUUGCAUCUGAACCUCCUACCAAGAUCCAUUUAUGACCCAACUUCCCAUGUACAAGCACAAAUCUUGCAUACAUAACGAGGAUAAAAAUCUAGGAAAAAAAAGCAGGGAAAAAGAGAGAGGAGAACGCAAUCGAAGAGUCAAAUAGAUCCCAAAUCCGUGCAUCAGGAGCGCAACCUUCAGAUGAUUCUGUCCAGAUGUGCAAAUGCAUCUGGCAACCUGCAAAUCGAUCUGCUUCGCACGAAAGGCAGCCUGGGCAGCAUCUAGCAUGGGCGAUGCUGCUAUGCUGGGAUCCGGCAAGAUGGCGACGACUUCACACGCCGGCGGGAGCAGCAACACAGCUUUGCAGGGAUCCGGCAAGACGGUGGCGGCUUCGCACGCCGGCGAGAGCAGCACGGCUUCGCAGGGAUUACGAAAGACGGCGGGCGGCGGCGGCUUCGCACACCGGCGGAAGCAGCGCAGCUUCGCUCCUGGAAUCUACGUCGCGUGGCCGCCUCCGAGAAAGAUUAGGAUUAAGAUGGUAAGUAUGUAUCGCUGUUGCUGCCUGGAGCUCAGGCGAUCGAUUUCGGUCGCCUGGCUCAGGCUAAUGACGGGAAGGGCUGCAGGCCAGGCGAAGGGUUUGGGAUCUGAGGGCACCAACCAAACAAGACCAGGCUAGCUUCAGGUCAGGUAUUUUCCUCUCAGGUAACGACCAAACAGCCCCUAUAUGCAUUUGGUCUCUCUCUAGGGCUGCAUGGAUUAUAUUAUCGCUUUUGCUUUGAUUUGGUUUCGGAGAUCGAGAGAUUUUGUACAUUUUGAUAUGCAUGCACGGUUCUACUAGCACAAUAUGAAUAUGUUUGUCAUCUGAUGAGAUAAUUAAGCUUGA